AUAUUUUGGUUUUAAUAAAUUUAGUUUAACUUCAACCUUAACAACAUUCGGUCGCGUUUUAUAAAGAAAAUCUCUCAAAAAGUGUAUUCAACAACAAUUGGAAACGUACAUUGUUUUCGCUACCGAAAGCGACCAUUAAUUUCAUAAAUAGUUUCGAGUGUAAGCAGAGAAACUCAACAGCAUGAGGAUUAUUUAUAUGCUGUGGAUUGGAAUUUUAUUCUUCCUAACAACGACAGCAUUAACAAUCGCUGAGAAGAGGGAAACAAAAUCGAAAACAAAGGUUUCUACGACAAAAUCUGCCUCGACCAAUAAAACUGUGGAAAAGUCGGGUAAGCCAACAGAAGCAUCAUCAACAUUAGCCCGGACAACAACAAAAGCAGUAAAGUCUGCUAAAAAUCUUGAUAGUCGCGGAAAGCGUACUUUGUACGAUUUCGGUAAUGCCGGAUUUCUCUAUCCUCAAGUAGCAGCUAGACGAGCUGGCUACAGCGCCGAGCCAAGAACUUCAUAUUAUCCCACAAACAGCGGUUAUUUUAAUGGGGAAAAUGCCAUAGCUCAAUUUCCUUCAUCGCCCUACGCCGUCUACCCUCAGUAUUUAGAAGCGCCGGAACCGAUUAUUGAAAUCAUUAUAAAAGAUUCUAACGACACGCUAGGCUCUACACAACCUGCCCAUCCGGUGACAACAAAAACAAAGAAGAAGAAAGAGAAGGUGCACGUGUACUACGUCAACUACAAGAAGGACGCCAAUAAUAAAUUGCAUUUAGAAUCACCUAUAGCUUCGUUAAACAAUAACGACGACAAUGACGAAGAGGAGGUGGAAGAGGAAGUUGUGCAUUAUCCUACGCCCUUACCACAAGUCCAGACGACUACACUUCGAACAAUUAUACAUCCGGACUCCGAGAAAUAUCAUAGCAAUAGCGGCAUUCAUGUGACUUUUGGUUCGGAAGAUAAAUCACACGUGGGCCAAAUACUUGAAGAACAUGAUGCGGAAAGUGUUCAACGGGAAGUGGUUGCUUUGCCAGCAACUCCCCAAAUAAGCCAUAACAAUCCUAGUUAUAAUAAUGGUUUGAAUUAUCAACAGUUCGCUCAGACGCGCUCUAAUCAGGGCGGGAAUUAUUAUUUUAAUAAUCCAGUAGCGCCUGGACCUCCGCCAGCCGCAUCAGCUUAUUUUAGUCAGCAACAAUUGCCUAAUCAACAUGGUAGCAACCACUUUAGGCCGCCCCAACAACCAUUGAAACCACAAACUGCUGCAAAUACUCAGCAAUACUAUCAGAAGCCAGCUGUAGCGCAAACGCCCUUAAGGCCGGGUUAUAACGCAGUUAAUAAGCCUUUGGCUAACGCUCAUCAUCAACAACAAGCAGCCCAACAGCCACAUUAUUAUGUCAAUUUUAAUCAGCAAUACCAUCAAGUGCCAACACAAUCACAGUCACAAUAUUACAACGGUUUCGGUCAAAAACCGGCUCAGUCAGCUAAACCUUCGGCUAGCGCAAUAUUUUUCCCUACUGUACCGCCUAAGGGUCAAGAGUUACCCAGCAGACAUUCACCUGCUCCAUAUCAGCCCAUAAAAUUCAGGCCUACACCAGCUCCAGUGCCGAUCUACUCAAAAGCUACAUAUAAACCUUUCACCUAUCAAAAGCAACCCCAAUAUACGCAGCAACAACAGCAGUCAAGUUUCAACUUUGGGUCGGCUAAUCCACUACAGCAACAGCAAGCCAAUUACUAUAAAACACAAACGCAACUCCAACAUCAGAUACAACCUCAAGCCCAACACCAAACGCAACCACAACCUCCUUUAAAUCAUUUGCAAACGCAGGCUUUGAAUAACCAUAACAACGCAUUGUACUAUAAUCAGAAACAACAGAAACAACAGCAGCAGCAGCAGCAGCAACAGCAACAACAGCAACAACAGCAACAACAACAGCAUCAAGUGCAAGCUCAAUUUCAAAAUAAAUAUCACUCCGGUCCAGGAGCUGUUCCUUCUGCCUCUCCUUCGCUAACUGCCGCUGGCCAACACUAUCAGAAUCAUAAUCCGUUGGGCUUGCUAAAGGAAACCGAACUUUUACAGUCUAUACCUAAAUUUGAACAGCAUAUCACCGAAACUGUGCAACAGCAAUAUAAACCGAAUGGCUAUCAAUCACAAAAUCAAGUUAUCCAUGAUAUACCAGCACCGAAUUUAAAUCCCAAUCAGCAGCAGCAGAAGGAUCAAAGCCAGAACACCUAUAGCGGCAAUCAAAAUUCUUACAAUCAACAGCAUCAUCAUCAAGCAUCGCAAUCUCAACAAUUCAGUAAUUUUGUGACAAGUUCUUCAUUUAAGAACUCGCCAGCUACUAAAUCUUAUCCAGCGGUAACAGCUGCUCCUCAGUUUGGCGAGUCUACCGAUGGACAAAAGAUUAUGAUUGUUACACCUAUGCCGCCCAACGUUUAUGGACAAUAUCAGGCUCAACAGCAAUAUCAUAAUACGCAACGUCAGUUAGGUCAAGUGGUGACUGGUACGCAGCCUCAAUACAGUCAACAACAGCAGCAAGAAAACUAUUAUACUAAGCAACAACAACAACAACAGCAGCAGCAGCAACAGCAGCAUCAUCAUCAACACCAACAGCAACAACACCAACAACAGCAACAACAAAUAGACCCAAGACAAAAGCAAAGUCAGGGCAGUGUUAGCGUACAAUCCUCACUGCAAACUGAUUCUGAUAAUGCUCAGUUAGGGGUUUCGAACUAUGCUGGUGAUGUUUUCAAAGAGCUCGAUCAAAGACGUAAUCCGCAUCAUACUCAAUACCAACCGGAUUCGUACAAAACUACGAAAUAUGCUCCGUCACCCACUACCCAAACGCCCAGCACUAGUCAGCAAUCAACAACUUCAAAUUCAAAAACACUUAUACAGCUACCGGACGAGGUACCUGACGAUUUGCGUCAACAAUUACUCAGUUCGGGAAUUUUGAAUAAUGCGGAUAUCUCGGUUCUCGAUUAUGAUAAGAUCGGUGAAACUGCUUUAGAAAAUUUGCCGCCAGAACAUUUACAACACUUUUAUAGCGGUGGUGGAGGAGCUCAAAUUUCGGAGUCAAAAAAAGUUCUAACGGUCUUGAAACCUAACGGCGAUAAGGUCAAAAUUAACGAGAAGGGACUGGAACGUGUGAAGGAAACGAAUUCUUUGCAUUUAAAGUCGCCCACAAGCGAAGUUAAAUUAGUAAAGGAUGGCGAAGAUGCUCCAAGUUCAUCUGAACGUCAAUAUAAUCGUUACUUGCCUUUAAAAAUUAAUGGCGCUCAAUUUCCUAAGCCCGAAAAUGAUGAGUUAAAGGAUAGAAAAAUAUUAAGUGUUGUAGUUCUUGCGCCAGUCGAGUCGUCUACACCGGCCUCGACUGAAGAAGGCAAGGAAGUGAAGUUUCUUGGAGGAGAUUUGAUAAAAACUUUGGUUAAAAAACCUACAAAGGAUAAUUUUAAAAGAUGGCUGGAAAAAGAAUCACGAACAGAUGUCGAUCAACAGGCGGUGAUAUUAUUGGUUACCAAAGACGACUCUUCUGAUGCGGAACAAGAAAUUUUCAUGUAUGAUAUCGCCAGUGGUGUUGUCAAUAAGUUGAAUGGUGAAUUGUCCAGUACUUUUGUUAAUGUAGCUGAGGAAAAUGCAAGCAGUGAAGAUUUGGAACAUGCCUCCACUUUAGAUCCUAGUAUUUUGGAGAAUGUAAUGCAAAAAAUUCGAAGAUAAAUUCUUCGUAGGUUCAUCUCAUAAUGUACCGCUUAAAAACACAAACGCACACACACAGACUGCUAAACACUUUUGAAAUUUAGAAAAAAAAAAAAAAAAA